GUUGAUCGAUUUUUCCAGUCAUUUUCUUGUGAAAACUAUGGAUCCGCUCGCUAUACAAUGUCUAUCGUUAAUUAUCUAGACAGCAUCGCCUAGGUAGUACGUUGCGUCUAAAAAUAUCUGCAGCUUGGAGUAGUCAGUGAUACAGGGAGAAUGAACGACUGGAAUCUCUAUACCAAAUAAUGAACUUUCAAUUCACUUUUCGUCCGUCUGAAAUUGCAACUUCUCGGGAAUUUCCGACAACCGGAAAAACAACGGGCUUAUCGGAAAGGCCCGAAAAAAAUGCAAUAGUGGGAAUACAUCUAGCCUCCAUAGAGGACAACAUCUUUCAUUUAAUGGAAUACCCUCCCAUCUUCCCAGUUCAACUGGUAGAUGGUGAUUUGAAGCCUUACCUGAAGACAUAUUCUCGCGCCAUCUUUAAUCUCACAUACAUUUCAAACAGAAUGAAUAGACGCGUGCUGAUAAUCGUCUCCCUGCUGGGGAUAUCCAUAUUAUUGUUCUACAAAGGUGGCUUAUUCCAAAUGGCCGGUCCCAAAAUGGUAGAGCAGGAAAGUGGAAACAAAAUCAAUGUGGUGCUAUUUACGCCGAAAACAACACAGUCUCCACCGAAAAUCGAACUUAUUCCUGAAAAAGUUAAAAAAUACAAUUUUACAAAAAGCAAAAAGAGACCAUUGCAAGAAAAGCUUCAGCCAGUAGAUAUCGCUGAUUGGACAAUAUUGGCCGAAAUGCCAACUUACAAACAACCGAAAAGAGUGCUACAAUCUGAUUGGUGGAAAGCCGCCGCAUUUUUAGAAAUAGAUUUUAAAAAAAGACCUAAAGAUUUACGGUGCAGAAAACAAAAGUCGGUGGGAAACUGGUUUUUGUGCCAAGACGAGCCUUAUAAAGUAAAGGAGCCAUGUCUCGUAUACUCAUUUGGCAUAGGCAAUGACUUUAGCUUUGAUGACGCCAUGGCAAAACUUGGCUGUGAAGUGCAUUCUUUCGAUCCAAGCAUGGAUAUGCCUGAGCACGUGAGAAAUACAAGUGUAGUAUUCCAUCCUAUUGGACUCAGCACCAGCGUGAUCAAGGACUUUAAUCCACGUCACGAUAUCUACGUCAUACAGGAUCAGAGCUGGACCAUGAUGGACCUCCUCAGCAUCAUGGAAAUGCUAGGUCACAAAAACAGAGUGCUGGACUACUUGAAGAUAGACGUAGAGGGACACGAAUGGUCUGUGAUUGAUUAUUUACUAAAAAAUGGAAUCACCUCCAGAAUCAGACAUUUCUCCCUGGAGUAUCAUAUUUUCCCAGACUGGCCGGAUAAAGCCAGAUAUCCAGAUUUACUUAAAACCUAUAAAAGACUAAAAGAGACCGGUUUUUACAAAUAUUUCACCGGCAUACACCCAUUAAAUCAUACUCCCAAAAAAUUCAACAUUCAAGCUGAUGUUUGUUAUGUAAACAUUAAAUUUCAAAGCUGACAAAACUGUGA